AUGUUUAAAUGCGAACAGUGCCCGUCGGUUUUCACACGUAAAGAUAACUUGGUUGUCCACCAAAAAACUCAUACCGGUAUUCGUUUUCCAUGUACUAUAUGUCAGUCAACAUUUACAUACAAAACCAGUCUCACCAAACAUUUGAAAAAUGUUCAUGGCAUCGCUCCGUCUUAUAGCCAGCCUGCAUCUCAACCAGUACGACAGAGUGUCAUACAGUUCGCGCCUCGCAUUGCUCCACAGAUCCAGAUUGCCCCUCAAAUUUUCGUUCCCGAUAUCCAGGCCGGUCGCUCGAACAUGGUGGCCGAAGACGAGAUUUGCAUGGCAGUUAUGGAUGAGUUUGAAAAUGAGGACGAGAUUUGCACUACAUGUGUAAAUGGUAGACGGGUUUCCACUGCAAACACCACCUCGGUAGCUAGGAUGAAAAAGGCUCGUAUGGACAUAGUUAAGACUCCUGGUUUCACAGAAAUUUCUUCGUCUGCGAAUCGAAAAAUCGUGUGGUAUUAUGUCAAAAAUAUUAACAAUGUUCACAAUUAUCCCGACUUUCUCCGCUCGCUCAUGCCUGAGCUUGAAAAUGUAUUAAAGACAUGUCUGAAAAAACACCCGAUAAAAUUUAAUUUGAAACUCGAGGCAGCAUACAACCGGCCCAACGUACCAAACUCGUCGGAGAACCGGGCAUUCAAGACUUCGGCGGUAGAACUUUUUCCGGAUAGUGACAUUAGUACGAUCAUUGAGAGAGCUUUUAUAAAGUUGUCGAAGGAGGAGGAAGAAUAUAAAUCACGCGGAAGUGGAUUUACAUUAGAAAGUAUAGAUGGGUUAUUGCUAAGUAUAUAUAAAUAUACACCAAUGUGCGGUUCAUCGUACAUAUCGUUGCCGGCGUAUAUUGACAGGAAACGGGCCACCAUCAACCCUCAAAACACAGAUCAGGAAUGUUUCAAGUGGGCGAUUUUGGCGAGGCAUGUGACGGGGCAUGCGGUAUACCGUAUCGGUGAAAAUUAUAGAAAUCACGAGGAUAAGUACAAUUUUGAAGGCAUCACAUUUCCCACACCUCUAUCGGACAUCGCUAAAUUUGAGAAAAAUAAUAGAAAUGUAUCUAUUAAUGUGUAUGGGUUGGACAAAAAGUUCCAGCCACCACGUAAAUAUCCGACGUACGAGGUGUAUCCGCUACGUGUCGUUGAUGAGGAGAAAGCCAACCACUUUGAUUUGUUGUUGGUGACGGACGACGAAAACUCACACUAUGUGUAUAUUUCAAAUUUUUCUCGGCUUAUUAGAUCGCAAAAGACUGGACAUGAAGAGAGAGUAGUGUUUUGCAAGAAGUGUUUCACAUCAUUCGAUGACAGGCGGCAUAAAUACAAGUUGAGCGGACGGGAGGCGUUAACUCAGCAUAAGCUUAUAUGCGGUGCACAUAAGCCAAUAUUACCGGUGAUGCCGAAAGAAGGCGAGUGUCUGCGAUUUGAAGCAUGGAGAAACACUCAGAGACAUCCUAUAGUAAUAUAUGCGGAUUUUGAGACACUGCUAGUUAAGACGGACGAGGUGAAGGGAAAAAAUACGAAGAUUGUUCACAAACAUGAGGCUAUGAGCUAUGGUCUCAUUGUGAAGGCGAGCAAUGACGUACCGGCAGAGCUAUUAGCGAGAUACGAGAUACCAACGGAACCAAUAUUAUAUCGAGGAAGUGAGAGUCGGCGUGAUGUGGCGAGACAUUUUGUUGAAACCGUGUCUGAAAUAGCAUUAAAGACAGAGAAAUUAUUGAAGACGAAUAUUCCGAUAAAUAUGUCCGCAGACGACAUACAAGUUCAUGAAGCAGCGACGCACUGCAAUCUAUGCAAAAUUGAGUUUACCCCACCUUCAGAGGUACUAUAUCGUAAGACAGCUGACCAUUGCCAUCUCACAGGAAAAUACCGUCAAGCUCUCUGCAAUGUAUGCAACCAAAAACUACAAACACCCGUUUUUGUACCAUGCUACUUCCAUAACUUGUCCAACUAUGACGCACAUCUGAUAGUCACAGAACUUGGUUAUGACACCCAGACUAUUAGAGUGAUACCCAACAGUGAGGAAAAAUAUAUUUCGUUUACGAAAUAUGUGUCAAGUAAAUUCCAAAUCCGUUUCAUAGACACUUUUAGAUUCAUGGCAUCAGGACUAUCAACUCUAGCUAAAAAUCUUGUAACACCAGGUCUUGAAAACUUUCGUGAAACAGCUAAAGUGUUUACUGGAGACGAUAUGCCACUUGUAACUCGUAAGGGGGUGUACCCGUAUGAGUACACGGAUAGUUGGAGCAGGUUGGACGAGACGAGUUUACCGAGCAAGAGGAGUUUUUAUAGCACGUUAAACGAGUCGGGAAUAAAGGAGGAGGAAUACACGCAUGCAAAAUGA